AUGAAGAUUGGAUUAGCUAUUUUAUGUUUAUUUGCAAGUCAAGGUUUAGGUUCAAUUCUCCCUGGUGAUAGCAAAGUUCACUAUCGUCUUGGUUUAUCUCGUAGCUUUGGCCCUGAUUUGGCACAUAGAGAAUACAAGUUAUAUGAUACUGUCGGUAAUUUCCAAGAGUUAACAACAAGUGAUUUUAUCGUCCAAAGUUCAUAUAAAACCGAUCUUAAUGGUGUGACGCAUGUUUAUUUACGUCAAAUCGUAAACGGACUCGAAGUUUUUAAUGGCAACAUCAACAUCAAUGUCGAUCGUUCUGGCCAAAUUAUCUCAGCUGGUAACUCAUUUGCUCCCACUAAAUCAUCAGCUUCUUUCUUCAACCAAUUCAUCUUUUCUUCUCCGUCAUCAUUCUUUAAUGAACCAAAGAACGUCAUUCCUCCUCAGGACGCAAUCCUGUCCCUCGUUUCUUUUGUCAAAGGGGGUCAUCCAGUCGAUCCAAAUGAAUUUGUUCAACUCAAUUCAUUCAAGGACCCUGAUGUGAUGAUGUUUGAAAAUGUGCCUUAUGCUGAAUCUCCUGUAGAGGUCAAACAAGGUUACCUUCAACUAGAUAAUGGUCAACUUCAACUUGUUUGGGACAUUCAGUAUGAACUACAGGAUAAUUGGUACAAUGGUCAUGUGAAUGCUUAUGAUGGCACAGUCAUCAGUCUAGUCGAUUGGGUCUCUUCUGCUUCCUAUAGAGUCAUUCCCUUUGGCAUAAACGAUCCUACUGAAUCUUCACGAAUUUUACUCAAGAACCCUCAAGACUCCUGGGCAAGUCCGUACGGCUGGCACGUUCAAGGCAUCCAGAGUCAAGGUGCUCAACCAUUCAAUGUGACCAUAGGCAAUAACGCCUACACACAUACAAACCCUGAUGGUGGUAACAACUGGGAGAAUAACUACCGCCCAACCGGUCAAUUGGACUCAGAUGAUGAUAUCACUUUUGACUAUGAAGCUGAUUUCGAUACUCAGGAACCCGUCGACUAUCAAGACGCUGCUGUUACCAAUCUCUUUUACUGGUGUAACGUUGCCCAUGAUUUCUUCCAUCGAUACGGAUUUGACGAAAAGGCUGGUAACUUUCAGCAGAGUAACUUGGGCCGUGGUCGUGAAAAGGAUAAUGGUGAGAACGACGCAGUCAUUGCCAAUGCUCAAGAUGGAUCAGGUAGAAAUAAUGCCAACUUUGCUACCCCUCCUGAUGGCAAGCAUGGCAAGAUGAGAAUGUACAUCUGGGACCAGACAAGCCCUAUGCGUGAUGGUGACUUUGAAAGUGGUAUUAUCAUCCACGAAUAUACCCACGGUGUAUCCAUCCGUCUGACUGGUGGCCCUGCCAACUCAAACUGUCUCAAUUGGAAUGAAGCAGGUGGUAUGGGUGAAGGGUGGGGCGAUUUCAUUGCGACGGUCAUUCGUAUGAAAAAGGAGUACACCCGUGAUAUCGAUUUUAGCAUGGGUAAUUAUGCAAAUGGUGGUGAAGGCAUUCGUAAAUACAAGUACUCUACCUCUAUGAAGACAAACCCAAGCACUUACAAGAUCAUGGACCGAUUUGACUAUUGGGGUGUUCAUGCAAAAGGUGAAGUAUGGGCCGAAAUGCUUUAUGAAGUCUACUGGAAUCUUGUUGAUCUUCUUGGCUUCACGCCUGACUGGUUCCCACCCGCACCUGAGGAUACAUUCAAGACGGCUAUGGACUCAGAUGAUCUUCAAAAAGUUCGUGAUCAUAUCACAUCAUACGGUAAUACACUCGCUGUUCAGUUGGUGAUAGAUGGACUGAAGUUGCAGCCAUGCAGCCCUACCUUUGUCGAUGCUCGUGAUGCCAUCCUGCAAGCUGAGCAACAGUUGACCCAAGGAAAGUAUUAUUGUGAUAUCUACAGAGCAUUUGCAAAACGUGGUCUAGGUGUUGGUGCUAAAGUCACUCAGAGAGGCUGGCUGGAACAACGUACCGAAAGCUUCGAACUUCCUUCUGCCUGUCAAUAG